AUGAAUCCCAAGGAAGAAAAAGUGAAAAUAAUCACAGAGGAGUUCGAUGAAAAUGAUGAGGAUGCAGGUGUGGGAGGCCAGAAGAAGACCUCAAAGAUGGCAAGACAGAAAAGGAAGAAACCGCUGCCCGCCGCUGGCCCCGAGGAAAUGGUGUCUGAAAAUCCCCACCUAGGCAACCAGCCGGAGCCCCUGCAGGAAGAUUCUGACACUCGCCCCCUGAGCAUGACCACCCGUCGAGGCCCCAGGAGCUUACCUCCAAUUCCUUCAGCUUCCAGAACGGGCUUUGCAGAAUUUUCCAUGAGGGAACGCAUGAGGGAGAAAUUGCAGGCUGCCAGGUCCAAAGCAGAAAGCACGCUGCUGCAGGAAAUCCCCACCCCUCGGCCUAGGCGCUUACAGAGUCCUGGUGAGAAAGAACUGGAGACCGAAUUUGGUGCGGAGCCAGGGGAGGAGGCACAAAAGACUCAACAAGAAGAUGAUUCCCAGAGUCGCUCGAGAGUAAAGUUCCGUGAUUCUGUACGAAAAAUCAAGACUAAACCCCCGGUCCCACCUGGCUUCCCUUCUGCCGAAGAAGCCUAUAACUUCUUCACUUUCAACUUUGAUCCUGAACCGGAGGAAUCAGAGGAAAAACCAAAAGCAAAAAAUAGAGAUGGAACUACCCAAGAGGAGGAGGAAGGAGAGGAAGAAGAGCCACCUGUGCAGGGAAUCCACAAAACGGAUGAACAAUUGCUGAUUAGUGCUACAGAGGCCGAGGCUUUUCUGUGGGGCUUAGAUCACGCAGCUGCGGAUUUUGUGGCAGUCAGACCUGCAGAUUAUGAAAGCGCCCACGUCCGACUACAGAUGGAAAAAGAACUCCUGUUCGUGCCCAGCAGGCUGACAGUGCCUACGUAUAAAAAGCUUCCCGAGAACGUACAGCCCAGAUAUCUGGAAGACGAAGGCCUGUACAUCGGCACAAGACCGGACGUGCCUCGCACCUGUCAGAACAUCAUGGAGAACAGGUUGCUGACACAGGAACCUGCGGUAAAAUAUGUCCACAGAAGUCAGCACAUGAUUGGGUCUGGAGACUCCCCGGGAAAUUUCCAACUGGACAUUGAUAUUUCAGGGUUAAUCUUCACUCAUCAUCCCUGUUUCAGCCGCGAGCAUGUUUUGGCAGCCAAGCUGGCCCAGUUAUAUGACCAGUACCUGGCAAGACACCAGAGAAACAAGGCAAAAUUUCUUACUGACAAGCUCCAAGCUCUAAGAAAUGCUGUUCAGACAGGACUUAACCCAGAAAAAACUCAUAAGUCUCUUGAUACGACCCAAAAAACUAUCAAUGAGUAUAAAUCUGAAAUUCGGCAAACAAGAAAACUGCGUGACGCUGAACAAGAAAAAGAUCGAAUGUUGCUUAAAACCAUCAUAAAAGUUUGGAAGGAGAUGAAAUCCCUUCGAGAAUUUCAGAGGUUUACAAAUACACCCUUGAAACUUGUUUUGAGAAAGGAAAAGGUUGACCAGAAAGCAGACGAAGAAGCGUACGAAGCAGAAAUUCAAGCCGAAAUAAGCGAGUUGUUGGAAGAACACAUGGAAGAGCACGAGCAGAAGAUGGAAGCGUACAGAGCCGCGUACCAGCAGUGGAAAGCCUGGAAGAAAGCCCAGAGGGCCAAGAAGAAGAAAAAGAAGCAAGCAGUCGAAGAGCAUCCUGAAGAGGAGAUGGGGGAGCCGUAUCCUGAGGAGGAUCCGGUGAAACCGGUCCCCCCGGAGCCCACCGAUCAGGCCCUGAUGGAGCACCAGGUGAGGGAGAGGGCAGCCCGGAGCAGGAGAAGGCCUGGGGAGCCGCUGCUGGUCCCAGAGCUGAGCCUGGCAGGGAGCGUCACACCCAACGAGCAGUGUCCCAGGGUGGAAGUCUUGCGAAGGGAGGACGUCAAGAGACGCUCAAUAUAUCUAAAGGUGAUCUUCAACGACAAGGAAGUGUCCAGGACCGACAGUCGGCCCCUCGGGGCAGACUUCCGAGUUCACUUUGGACAGAUUUUCAAUCUGCAAAUAUUCAACUGGCCGGAGAGUUUGACACUGCAGGUAUACGAAACAGUUGGACACAGUGGCACCACUUUGCUGGCAGAAGUGUUUCUGCCUAUUCCUGAAACGACCAUUGUCACUGGAAGGGCUCCCAUUGAAGAAGUGGAGUUUAGCAGUAACCAGCAUGUGACCCUGGACCACGAGGGUGUUGGAAGUGGAAUGCCCUUCUCGUUUGAAGCUGAUGGUAGCAAUCAGCUGAUUCUCAUGACCUCGGGGAAAGUGUCCAACAGCGUGGCAUGGGCCAUUGGAGAAAAUGGGAUCCCUUUGAUUCCUCCACUGUCACAGCAGAACAUCGGAUUUAGAAGUGCUUUGAAGAGAGCAGAUGCCAUCUCGUCCAUCGGCACAUCGGGACUGACAGACUUGAAAAAGUUGGCCAAGUGGGCAGCAGAGUCCAAGCUCGACCCGAAUGACCCCAACAAUGCCCCUUUGAUGCAGCUAAUCUCGGUUGCUACUAGCGGUGAAUCCUACGUCCCUGAUUUCUUUCGACUGGAACAGCUGCAGCAAGAAUUUAACUUUGUUUCAGAUGAGGAGUUAAAUAGAUCCAAACGAUUCCGGCUUCUUUGUCUUAGAAGCCAAGAGGUGCCAGAAUUCCGAAAUUACAAGCAAAUUCCAGCAUAUGACCGGGAAAUUAUGGAAAAGGUAUUCCAGGACUAUGAGAAACGGUUACGAGACAGAAAUGUAAUUGAAACCAAGGACCACAUAGAUCCCCAUAGGGCCAUGGUAGCCAAGUACCUCCAACAGGUUAGAGAAUCAGUGAUCAAUCGUUUCCUAAUUGCAAAACACCAUUUUCUUCUUUCGGAUUUGAUAGUAGAAGAAGAAGUUCCCAAUAUCAGCAUUUUGGGGCUAAGCCUUUUCAAGCUGGCAGAACAAAAGCGACCACUGAGGCCAAGGAGAAAAGGCCGGAAGAAGGUGACGGCCCAGAACCUGUCCGACGGAGACAUAAAGGUGCUGGUGAACAUUAUCCGGGCUUAUGACAUUCCUGUGAGGAAGCCGACAGCAAGCAAAUUCCAGCAGCCAUCAAGGUCUUCAAGGACUUUCAGCGAAAAGCAUGCUGCCUCCCCAACCACACACAGCCCAACCCACAGUGCUGACUACCCCCUCGGCCAGGUUUUAGUACGUCCUUUUGUAGAAGUUUCUUUUCAACGAACGAUUUGCCAUACAACUACAGCUGAAGGACCAAACCCCAGCUGGAAUGAAGAACUUGAACUUCCAUUUAGGGCCCCCAGUGGAGACUACAGCACAAGCAGUUUGCAGUCAGUGAAAGAUGACGUGUUCAUUAACAUUUUUGAUGAAGUGCUCUAUGAUGUCCUCGAGGAUGACCGUGAAAGAGGAAGUGGAAUCCACACCCGUAUUGAGAGACACUGGUUGGGAUGCGUGAAGAUUCCGUUUAGCACGAUAUAUUUCCAAGCCAAGAUCGAUGGGACAUUUAAAAUAGACAUUCCCCCCGUUCUCCUGGGCUACAGUAAGGAACGGAGCAUGAUUAUCGAGCGGGGUUUUGACUCCGUGCGAAGCCUGAGUGAAGGCUCCUACAUCACCCUGUUUAUCACCAUGGAGCCUCAGCUGGUUCCCGGGGAGUCGGUUCGAGAAAAGUUUGAUUCUCAGGAAGACGAGAAAUUGCUACAAGCAACGGAGAAGUUUCAAGCUGAAUGUGCCUUAAAGUUUCCACAUCGUCAAUGCCUCACGACAGUGACUGACAUAAGUGGAAAAACCGUCUUUAUCACUCGUUACCUCAAGCCAUUAAACCCUCCACAGGAGCUCUUGGAGGCCUGCCCCAACAACCCACAAGCAACGGCAGAACUGGUGGCCCGGUAUGUGUCAUUGAUUCCUUUCUUGCCUGACACUGUUUCAUUUGCUGGCAUCUGUGACCUGUGGAGCACAUCUGACCAAUUUCUUGAUCUCCUGGCAGGAGACGAAGAAGAGCAUGCGGUUUUACUAUGUAAUUAUUUUCUCUCCCUGGGUAAAAAGGCCUGGCUGGUGAUGGGCAGUGCUAUUCCUGAGGGUCCAACUGCCUAUGUUCUAACUCGGGAGCAAAGUCACUAUUUAAUAUGGAAUCCUUGCAGUGGACAUUUUUAUGGACAAUUCGAUACAUUCUGUCCCUUAAAAAGUGUGGGCUGUUUAAUAGGUCCCGAUAAUAUUUGGUUUAAUAUUCAACGACAUGACUCUCCACUACGGAUAAAUUUUGAUGUCACCAAGCCCAAGCUAUGGAAGUCUUUCUUUUCAAGAAGUCUUCUAUAUCCUGGCCUUUCCAGUGUUCAGCCAGAAGAACUAAUUUACCAGCGCACAGACAAAGCGGCUGCAGCUGAGCUACAAGACAGGAUUGAGAAAAUACUCAAAGAGAAAAUCAUGGACUGGCGGCCACGGCAUCUGACCAGGUGGAACAGGUACUGCACCUCCGCGCUACGACACUUCCUGCCUCUGUUAGAGAGAAGCCGAGGAGAGGACGUAGAAGACGACCACAGAGGAGAGCUGCUCAAGCAGCUGGGAGACUACCGGUUCUCUGGAUUUCCCCUUCACAUGCCCUAUUCUGAACUGAAGCCUUUAAUUGAAGCAGUAUAUAGCACUGGAGUACAUAAUAUUGAUGUUCCUAAUGUUGAAUUUGCUUUAGCUGUAUAUAUCCACCCAUACCCCAAAAAUGUUUUGUCUGUUUGGAUCUAUGUUGCCUCUCUCAUACGCAACAGGUAA